AUGGCCACUCCUGCCUCCAAGACCGCCCACAACCUCGCCGCUCUCGAGCUUACGACGCCCGUAAAGCCCGUAGAUCUCGCCAGCAAGCUCGCAGAGCCUGUCCAGGAGGAACCCCUCGAGGACUACCGCAAGCGCUUUGUCGGCGACGUGGAUCUCGACGAAAAAGAUGAGCCCCUGCUCAAGGAGAGCCAGCGCCGCUUUGUUCUCUUCCCCAUCCAAUAUCACGAGAUCUGGCAAAUGUACAAAAAGGCAGAGGCCUCGUUCUGGACCGCAGAGGAAAUGGAUCUUUCCAAGGAUCUCCACGACUGGGAGAACAAACUCAACGACAAUGAGCGUCACUUCAUCUCCCACGUCCUCGCCUUUUUCGCCGCCUCGGACGGUAUCGUCAACGAGAAUCUCGUCGAGCGCUUUAGUGCAGAAGUCCAGGCUGCAGAGGCCCGCUGCUUCUAUGGCUUCCAGAUUAUGAUGGAAAACAUUCACUCCGAGACAUACUCGCUCCUCAUCGACACGUACAUCAAGGACGCUGCCCAGCGUGAAUAUCUCUUUGACGCCAUUGAGAAUAUUCCGUGCAUCAAGCGCAAGGCCGACUGGGCUCUUCGCUGGAUCUCCGACCGCCGUUCGACCUUUGGCGAGCGUCUCAUCGCCUUUGCCGCCGUCGAGGGCAUUUUCUUCUCUGGCUCGUUUGCUGCCAUCUUCUGGCUCAAGAAGCGUGGUCUCAUGCCUGGCCUCACCUUUUCCAACGAGCUCAUCUCGCGCGACGAGGGCAUGCACACCGACUUUGCCUGCCUCCUCUUUGGUCACCUCCGCAAGCGACCACACCCCGAGACGGUCAAGAGGAUUAUCACCGAGGCCGUCACCAUCGAACAAGAGUUUUUGACGGAUGCCCUCCCAGUCUCGCUCAUCGGCAUGAACGCCACCCUCAUGCGUCAGUACAUCGAGUUUGUCGCCGACCGUCUGCUCGUCGCCCUCGGCAAUGACAAGGUCUACAACGUCACCAACCCAUUCGACUUUAUGGACAUGAUCUCGCUCCAGGGCAAGACCAACUUUUUCGAGAAGCGCGUCUCGGACUAUGCAAAGGCUGGUGUCAAUCAGUCUGCUGCUCGCACCAAGGACGACGACAACAGCACUGCAGUCGCCAACAAGGGCGCGUUUGUUCUCGAUGAAGAUUUCUAG